AGACAGCUAGCAAUGAAGGAAAGGAUGCUGAGUGCUGACCUACCUUCCUUAUAACUCCCCCUUCCUCUUCCCCUCCUCUUUUUAUUCUCUGUUUCUCUUCCUUUCUUUUUUUCUCUCCAUUUUCCCUCUUCUCUUCUUCAAAGGUUUCCGAGACAAUCUCUCUUCAUUUUCCAGGAAAAUUCUCUCUUAUUUCCCCAGAAAAGUUGUGCUCUUUAACAGAGGAAUUUUUUAAUAUAAAGAAAAUAUGAUUGGACCGGCGGAUUUCAUUGACGAGAUAGACUGCGGCAGUUUCUUCGACCACAUAGACGACCUCCUCGACUUCCCUAACGAUGACGUCGACGUGGGCUUAUCCGCCUCUGACUCCGCUGCCGCCGCUUUUCCCAGCAUUUGGACAGCUCAGUCCGAGUCAUUCCCUGGUUCUGACUCAGUUCUUUCCAACAACAGUGCUUCCGACCUCUCCGCCGAACUCUCUGUUCCGUAUGAAGACAUUGUCCAAUUGGAAUGGUUGUCAAAUUUUGUUGAUGAUUCCAAUUGUGGAGCAAGCUUGACAAUUAAGAAACAGGAGCCUUCUUCAAUCGAUAAGGACUCAUCCAAUCAUGAUCAUCAUCAUCAUCAAUUCCAGACUUCUAGUCCGGUUUCGGUUCUCGAAAGCAGCAGCUCUUGCUCCGGGCAGAAACCGGUUGCCGCCCCUGGGAAGUGUGGACGUGCACGUAGCAAACGUCCUCGUCCGGUUACCUUCAAUCCUCGUCCGGUGAUUCAACUCACCUCCCCUUCUUCGUCCGUCAACGAGAACGACAUUCCUCAACCGUUACUCAUCGCCCCCAAGGUGCCAUAUGACUCCGAGAACCAUGCUGAGUCUCGUCUUCUGAUCAAGUUACCCCGCCAAGUCAAUCCGGAGCACAAGAAGAAAAAGAAGAUCAAAACAACACCCCUGACACCACUUACCGACAACAGCACCGCUCAGAAUCAAUCGGGACAAGCCGUCAGGAAAUGCAUGCAUUGCGAGAUAACAAAGACACCUCAAUGGAGGGCGGGGCCAGUGGGACCGAAAACCCUUUGCAACGCCUGCGGCGUUCGAUACAAGUCCGGGAGGCUCUUCCCGGAGUACCGUCCCGCAGCGAGCCCAACGUUUAUCCCAUCGAUUCACUCGAAUUCUCAUAAGAAAGUGUUGGAGAUAAGAACCAAAUGUGUCACUGCGGGUGAAACCACUGAUUCACCAGAAAUGAUCCCAAACAAAAGCAACCCGGCAUUAUUAGAUUACAUACAAGGGGAGGGUUUAGGGUUUGGAGAGUUUUGAAACCCUGUUGUUUAGGGUUAAUAUUUUCUAAUUGUGUCCCUCAUCCCCAUCUCUUUAAAUUUUUUAAAUGUUUAUUUUGUUAUUGUUAUUUUUAUCUAUUUUUUCAUUGUUUUAGUUUUUGUAUAGGGUUGGAAAAUGGGGGGGGGGAAUAGGAGCAAAAUGCGACCAAUGUUUUUAGAUUUGUAGAGAGGGAAUUUAUGAUGAGAAAAAAAAGGGGUAGAGAGAGAGGUUUAAGGGUAGGAAAGCUGUAGGUAUUAGGGUAGAUUCGUUGAUUAUGAAUUUAGAUCGUUUUGAAAUUUCAUUACUUAAGAUAUAAGUAACUUUAAAUUA